GUGAAAGGUGGAGACCGAAUCCCAACUUCACGAAUCCAUCAACCGAGACAACCUGGAAUGGAAGUUAGUGGUGUGUGUGUGUCACUCCACUACCGUUUCUCCAGACAACAGCCAACAAAGUCACGAAACCAUAAUACCAGUAAAGGCCGCAAUUAACUAUCACAAUGGGAAAGGGCACCAAAAUCCCAGACGCCUGGGAUGACGAUGACUGGGAGGCCCAAGCCGACCGCGCAGCAAGGGAGGACUCGCCCGUGUCAGAGCCCCAACAAGCGCCCAUGACACGCGCUGAACGCCUGGCCAAGCACGACGAGGAGCAGCGCAGGCUAUGGGAGUCAGCAGAGACCCCCAAUGAGGCGCCUUUUCUACCCCCGACGAACAAUCCAGUGCCCCUCACUACGACCUUCAAGCCGGCCGUCAAAGUCCUGAGCCGCAAGCCUGCCCCCCAGGUAAUCGCCAGGCGCGACCCAGUUACUGGCCUCGAACAAUUGACAAUACAAGACGACGAGGAAGACGAGACCGAGAAGAAGAAGCAGGAGACGCCCGAGGAGAUACGAAAACGUCAGCAGCGCGAUUUGGAAGAAAAGCAGAAACGGUACGAACAGGCCCGAGCCAAGAUCUUUGGCGACUCGGAUCCUUCGUCCGGCCAGUCCACGCCGCGCACCGGCACCCCGCCGUCGGGAGGAGGAGAGGGCCGGCAGAACCACAGGGGACGAGGCAGGGGGCGCGGCGGUAGGGGCCGCGACCAUGAUAACGGGCGGCAGGACAGGAGGCAACCGAGUUCGCAACAAUCUGGCGGCACGAGGGAACUUUUCGAUCCCGGAUAUUCGCCGAAGCCGGGCUUCAAUAUCCACAAGCGCGGCGACGGCUCCGCCCAGCCUGGGAACCGAUCAAGCACACCGCGCGAGGAGGAUCAAAUUAUACGCUCACCGAGGGGCCCAGAUGGGAGCGGUAGAGGUGGUUUUGGUUUCGCCAGACGUGGUGGUGGUGAACAAAGUUGAAAUUAUCUAUCGGUACGCU